GCUAAACUGGGUGUUUGUUUAUAAAGAAUGGAAGUCAAGGUAGAUUUAGUUCUAAAAUUGAGAGGGACUAAGAUGAAACAAGCAUCUUCAUGCAGUUCUUUGUUUUCGAUAUGUAGAUGUUGUUGGAUCUCCAUAUUAAUGCUUUUCUUUGUCUCUGUUUUGUGUGCUGAAUGACGGUCUUACUGUCUCCAAGCUUUGACUUGCUAUUACAAACUGAUGGUGUUCAUGUUUUUUCUGGGUGCUUUGUCCUCUCUCUCUUUCAUCAGGAGACACUCAUAAAGUUCAAUCUCCUUGGUCAAUGAGUCUUUGGAAAUAUAUAAUAAGAAAGAAUCUCCAUACUAGAUUCAACAUUGAUUUCAAAAUAGAUAUAGUAUAUUACUAAUUAUAGUUAACAAUUACAGGAUUUUGAUGAUACUUUUCGCCAUGAUGAAAUGUAAAAACACUGAUAUUGGCUAAUUAAUAAUUCAUGAACUUCAUGGCAUGUCCUUGCUAAUCACUUACAACAAGCAUAUGUGAAGAUUCAGACAGUAUGAGUUCCUUGCUAAAGAUUUUAGAAUUGUAUUCUACAAUCUGAUUUCACCCUAAUUUCAAAUAUUCGAUCUUACUUUCGUAAAUGGGAUGGCUUUGAAUGUUUCCUUUUAAGCACUCAGCAUUCUUGUUUAUAUGAAUUUUCAGUAGGCAAGUCUAGAUAGCUAGAAUAUAGGAUGGUUGGAUUUUUGUGUUGAAAAUAGUAGUAGUUUUUAAACAUUACAUUUUUGCAACCGAAUAUGUCAUAACAGAUUCAGAAAAUGCAAUUAAAUCAUGGUUUUGCUAGCAGAUUUGAGUAGAGUUACGAUCACUGCUACGAAACCCAUUUGUAGUUACCAAUAGCUUCCAAUCUCCCAUUUGGCUGGCCAAACAUAUAAUGAAACAAACAAGCACCAACUAGAAAUGCUUUUCGAGCUGGGAAAGUUCAUUUUUAAGCCAUAGGAAACAUAAAACACGGAUAAAGUAAAUAUCCCAGAGCAAGCUCAGAAAUAGAUUUCAUUCUGGAUAAUCUGGUGGUUAACUCCCACUCCUAUUUGUUAAAUUAGCUUCUAACUUGAGCACAGCUACAUCAUGAAACCAAACUUUGAUCUUGAAGUUGAGGCACAUGCAGAAUAUGAAUCUGAAGUUAGCAGCCAGGUUGCUUCCAAUGUUUCUAUUCAAGAAACCUCUAUAGGUCCUUGUAGUGACAGCCUCACUAACAUUUCCCACACCACAAAUCCAAUUGGGAGUCAUCCUAAUUCAGAUGCUAUUUCACUUGACUUAACUCUCAACUUCAAGAACAGUGAGCCAGGGGGAAGAGAUUCAAUAGGAUUCUCAUUCUCAAGCACUAGCGAGAGCAGCAAUGAACCUGCUUCUCAAACCACAGCAGCGACCAUAUCACGAGUCUUCUCUUGCAAUUACUGUAAGCGCAAAUUUUUCAGCUCUCAGGCUCUUGGUGGACACCAGAAUGCCCACAAGAGAGAAAGAACAUUAGCAAAAAGGGCUUUAAGAAUGGGAUUUUUCUCUGAAAGGUAUGCCAGUCUAGCAUCUCUCCCUCUGCAUGGUUCCUUUAGGUCCUUAGGAGUAAAGGCACACUCUUCACUGCACCAUGGUUUCUCACCAACAAUGAGGCCUCCUGAGAUAAAAAGCAACGCAAGAUUUGAUCAAGGGUAUGUUGGCAUCCCAAUAUUCUUGGAGGAUGAUGAGUCAGAUUUGUUGUGGCCGGGUAGUUUUCGUCAGGUUGUCGAGGCAGGUGAUAGUCAUCAGAAUUUCAUACUGACUGGAAGUUCGGAUUUGAGUUUUACUGGGGUCAAUCCACCUGUAGACAUAGAGAACUCAACACCAGAUUUGACUUUGAAACUUUGAAGGACGUAAUUUGGUACAGUUCCGGCCUUGAGUUGUCUGCUUUAUUGUUAUGUUGUUGUACAGUAAGACAUGCAUGCAAGGGGCCAAGAUUGCCAGAUUCGUUACUAGACUUGUUGGGUUUCCUUUUAGUUUCAUUUUCAGUUUUCUCUUAGGAAUCUUGCUUUGGUAUUUUGCUUUGUAUGUUUCUAAUUGUAUAAGGGCUCCGGGAGGACAAUUUUGGAGCUUCUGUGCUUGUUAUAUAAAUCAUGUCUUUCCUUCACUGUAAUUAUUGAGCUUCUAUGUGUUCUAGUCUUCAGUUUUUAUUCUGGAUUAAUAUUGACAACUGAAUCGAUCUAAA